AUAAAAAGGCAAGACUUUGCCGCAUGACUCUUUACUGAAAAAAGGAAAGACUACUUGAAAAGGAAACAACUACCUUCACUCUCACAAGUCACAACACCGAUCGGGUGAGUUAGAAACAUUAAUUUAUUUGAGUUAGGGUUUUCAAGUUGAGAUGGCCAACAACAUUUCUAAUAUGGUAGAGUUGGUUGAGGCUGAAGAAAGUUUCAUACAUGCUACACAACUUAUCUACGCUAUUGCGUUUCCAAUGGGACUCCAUUCUGCAAGUCAGCUUGGUGUAUUUGAUGUGUUGCAAAAAGCUGGUAAAGAUGCUCAACUCUCUGCCCAUGAGAUUGCGUCGCGUAUUUCUUGCAGCAAUCCUGAUGCUCCCAAAAUGUUGGAUCGCAUUCUUGCUCUUCUUGCAUCACAUGAUGUGUUAAAGUGUUUGCUCAUUCAAGAUGAACAAAAGCUUGGAUCAUUUCAUAGACUUUAUAGUAUGACUCCUGUUGCUAGGUUUUUUGCUCCUAAUUCUGAUGGUGUUUCAUUAGGUCCCUUUUUGGCUUUGAUUCAAGAUAAUGUUUUCUUAGCUAGCUGGUCCGAGCUUAAUAAUGCAAUUCGAGAAGGGGGUACUCCGUUCAACAGAGUUCAUGGGAGACAUCUCUUUGAUUAUCCAAGCUUUGACUCAAGGUUUAACCAAGUUUUCAAUGUUGCCAUGGAUAAUCAUAGCCAAAUAGUCAUGAGAAAAGUUCUUGAAUGUUACAAAGGUUUCAAGGACAUAAAAAGGCUUGUGGAUGUUGGAGGUGGUCUUGGGGCAAACAUUCACUUGAUCACUUCCAAAUACCCACAUAUACAUGGUAUCAAUUUCGACUUGCGUCAUGUCAUUCAACAUGCCCCUUCAUAUUCUGGAGUCGAACACGUUAGUGGAGAUAUGUUUGAAAGUGUGCCUAGAGGAGAUGCCAUCUUUUUGAAGUGGAUACUCCAUGAUUGGAGUGACGAGCAUUGCUUAAAGCUGUUGAAGAACUGUUAUGAUGCUCUCCCUGACGAGGGAAGGGUGAUUAUUUUAGAGGCAGUUUGUCCUAUUAUACCUGCAAAUAGUUUCGCUGCCAAGUCUACCUCGCAAUUGGAUGUAACAAUGAUGACUCUAAUCCCAGGAGCAAAAGAGCGAAAUAGACAAGAAUUCAUGGAUUUGGCUACCAAUGCUGGAUUUAGUGGCAUCAAAUAUGUAUGCUGUGUCUGUAACUUCUACGUUAUGGAGUUCUUUAAGUAAAGAACAUGUUUUACUUGUGCUAUACGGAAUUGAGCUACUUGUUUGUUUUACUCCUAUUACAAUAAUAUUACAAUUUACAUGUAUGUUCUA